UUGAGUGAAAACUGCUGUGAGCAUGUGCUUUUUGAGUUGCAUAAAAUUCCCUGACACACGCCUUUUUGUGUAGGCUACUGCUUGCGGAGUAGCAUGUCAUUAGUUGAAAAAUGGCGCCACCUCUUGGUUAUCAACAGAACGGGCCCUAUCAUAAAAUGCUUCCUUAUAAUGUAACACUAAUAAAGAAGGAAUAAUUAGCGUAUUGAGGGGGAACAAUAUAUUUUAUCACCCUUGAUUAAUAUAGAAAGAAAACAUCUGUGAUCUUUGACAUUUUUACUCAGUAAUAUUUUUACCGUUACCGCAAAUCUCAUGAAUUAACUCAACAUAUUUUCCAACUGUUACAAAUAUAUUGCUUUGCUUUUAAAUAAAUUAUACAAAACAAAUUCACUUAUAAAUAAUUAUUGGGGGUUCCUCUUUGUUGAAGAAAGCCAACAGGGUAUGUAACCCGCCCAUGUAAGUAGAGAAACUACGUCAAUUGAAUUUGGGAUGCGCCCUGAGUCGGUGAGUGCGUGGAAACUCCAUCCAUCAGAACUUUUUAGAAGUGGCGCUGGAGCAGAUCAAAUAGCUGCAUAUUUUUGUUCCAUAUGAUAUACGAAAAAGUACGAUUUCAUCGAAAUUAUUAAUCUGAAUUAUGUUUUACGCAAGCUGACAGAAUUACGCAAAACUACAUAAACGAUUCAGUAUUUUCUUUUCUUUAUUGUAAAUGCAGUAAAAUGCGCUGACGAUGUUGGCGAGAAAAAGCAUAAUCCCGGAGGAGUUUUCCCUACCCAUACUUGCGUCGAGGAUCCCUCGCAAGCCAGUGUUUAGAGACCGGGUAAACAAAGCCCGUUUCAUCGCCAAGAGCGGAUCCUGCAACUUGGCGCAUAAAAACAUUCGAGAACAGGGCAGAUUCCUGCAAGACGUUUUCACCACUCUGGUAGACCUGAAAUGGCGCUUCACCCUGGUAAUCUUCACCAUGACCUUUCUGUGCAGUUGGCUUCUCUUCGCCAUGGGAUGGUGGCUUGUUGCCUUUGCCCAUGGAGACCUGGAACCCACCCGCAAGGAUGACAUUCAGCAGUGCGUCACGAACGUCAAGUCAUUCACCUCCGCCUUCCUGUUCUCCAUCGAGGUCCAGGUGACCAUAGGCUUUGGUCACCGCAUGAUCACAGAACAAUGCCCUGCUGCCAUCGCCGUCCUCAUCUUCCAGAACAUUGCUGGGCUCAUCAUCAACGCCAUCAUGCUGGGUUGCAUCUUCAUGAAGACUGCUCAGUCACACCGCCGCGCUGAGACCCUCAUCUUCAGCCGUAAUGCCGUUAUCGCUGUGCGCAACAACCGCCUCUGCUUCAUGACCCGCGUGGGCGACCUCCGCAAGUCCAUGAUCAUUGGCGCGGCGGUCCGGCUCCAGGUGGUCCGGAAGACCACGACCCCCGAGGGCGAGGUCAUCCCCAUCCACCAGAUCGACGUGCAGACGGACAGCGCGGCGGCAAGCAACUCCAUCUUCCUCUUGGCGCCUCUCAUCAUCUGUCACACCAUCGACAAAGACAGCCCGCUGUAUGACCUGUCGGCCAUGGAGCUGCAAUGCAGCGACCUGGAGGUGAUCGUGAUUCUGGAGGGCGUGGUGGAGACCACGGGCAUCACCACCCAGGCCCGCACCUCCUACGUCACGGAGGAGAUCCAGUGGGGUCACCGCUUCGUGCCCAUCGUGACCGAGGAGGACGGGGUCUACUCGGUUGACUACUCGAAGUUCGGGAACACGGUCAAGGUGGCUACGCCGAGGUGUUCGGCCCGCGAGCUCGACGAAAAGCCGUCGAUACUGAUCCAGACGCUGCAGAAGAGCGAGCUGAGCCACCAGAACUCGCUUAGAAAGAGGAACUCCAUGAGGCGAAACAACUCAAUGAGAAAGGGCGCCGGUAGCUCCGUCCCCAUGCGACGGAACAACUCCGCCCUCACCAUGCCCAAGGUGCAGUUCCUUACCCCCGAGACGGUGGGUCAGAACGUGGCCAUCACAUGACACGAGGCCUGGUUCCCAUUGGCUGUCCUACUCUUCCUGGGCGGGACUUCCCAUGCUGAUCCUCUGGCUCAGAUAGAGCUGACUCUCAUUCUAGUAUCCACUGUCUUCCACAUGCACAGUAGUCACUGCUAUACCUGACAUACACAAUAACCUGUUAUUAUUACUAUUGUGAAGACUGAUUCUUGUUAACCUGUUUUAGAUUUAUUGAUUUGUGUCUUACUUUCUUUUCAAAGUGUUGUUUUCUUAAAAAGGGCUGUACUCCUUGAAUUCUUUUACCCAGCUUUCUGCCAUUUGACUAUCUAGGAUUCCAGCCUUAAUGUUACCGAGACCAAAGUACAUGUUUUUAUAUAUUAUUACAGAUAAUAUAUGAGCCUGACCAAUUCUUGCCUUAGAUUUUAGCCGUUUAGCUAAAAUGUUCUUAUCCAGAGACCUACAGUUAUAUUAUAUUACAUACUAACCUUGUGUGUCAUCCUUGUCCAACUCUUAAAAACAUGUACCACAAGUUAUGUAUGAACAUGUUAAUCUUGUUUCUGAAAAGUGUCAAAUGGACCACGUAUAAAACCAAUGUGCAUUUGGUUGGCACUUC